CUGAUUGGCGGAGAGAGAAAUGUGAAAGGUCGGGUCUGUGUUUGGGCGUUGUCAUUGGUAUUUGUGAGUUUUCUAUAUAAGCAGGAUUCGCGCCAAACCCAAACUCACCAUCUGACACUCCUACCCGGGCCAAUGAUUUAGUAUUCAUACAGUAUGUAAAAGUAUAUCCAAAGAAACUUCAGUUUUCGAGUCGUCCAAAUACACGUUUUGGUGUUUUAUAUGCUAUGGGGUGGCCACAGAGAGUCACCGUUGUCAUUCUUGCCUUUCUGGGUUUCCUCAUUCUCUUUGGGUUCAGGACCGUCUUUACCAUGAUGAUGGUUUACGUCAUCAAAGACAACGAAAACAAUGGAGUAACACUAUUUAAAGAGUGCACUAUAAAUGGUACAGCGUUUGACCUACAGUUAGACUGGAGUGUGGCCACAUCUCAGUAUUUUAACACGGCCUAUUUUGUGGGUUACGUCAUCACCCAACUUCCGGGGGGAUAUCUGGCUGUCCGAUUUUCUCCUACAAAAAUAUUCGGAAGCUCUAUAUUAGUAAGUGGAUCGUGUUUUCUUGUUCUGGCAUUUUUCAUGAAGUACAGCCCGAUCAUAUGUUUUGGUGCUAGAUUUAUACAAGGACUCGUAGAGGGCAUGUGUCAACCGGCUAUGAGUUCUGUUGUCUCCGCUUGGGCUCCGAAAUCUGAACGAGCCAGAAUAGUGGGAGUUGCAUAUUCAGGUAUCUAUUUGAGCACUUCCUUGGCUUCUGUGAUAUCGGGAGCCGCAACCUGUUACAUCAGCUGGCACGCAGGGCUCAUCAUCUACGGUAGCCUAGCUGUUCUAUGGUCAGUUGUUUGGAUUUGUAUGGUAUACGACAGCCCAAAUGUCCAUCCAUCACUUUGCGAAAAAGAAAGGAUAAUCUUUGAGAAAGACGGUUCAAAUAUCCUUUUAUCGUCUGCAAGAAUGGCAGAAAAGAUUCCAUGGAAAGGGAUAUUGACAUCAGUUCCGGUAUGGGCUUUAUUCCUGAUUAAUUUCACGAGAUCCUGGGUGUUUGCCAUGAUGAUUACCGAGAUACCCCAGUAUUUUGCAGAUGUUUUCACUCUUAAUGUAGCAACUAUUGGAUUCCUGACGUCCUUUCCUCCAAUUGUGAUGAGUGUUUCAGUUAUACUAGGCGGUAUAAUGGUUGACAAAUUAAUCAAAGAGGAGAAAGUCUCGGUCACUGCUGGUCGCAAAAUGUCCAUAAUUUUAGGUUUUGGUUCAGAGGCCGUGUGUGUUUUAGCAUUGGGGUUCCUUAGAAAUUACUUUGCGGCGGCCGUCCUCAUCAUUAUAGCAGAGGGAUUAGCGGGACUUUCAAGUGCAGGAUUUAAAGUAAACCCGGUAGACUUGGCCCCACAGUAUUCCAGCAUUCUGACGGGAGUAGUGAGAUCCGGAGUGUUAGGGGCCACUGUCAGCACGGCCCUGGCUGGAUCCCUCAGACAGGAGAAUGCACAGUCUUGGCAGAGGAUUUUCUUGAUUACUGGAUCAUUACAUCUAUGUUCCGUUACAUUUUACUCUGUUUUUGGAUCCGGACAACAGCAGAAAUGGGCACAACCUGAAUAUAUGACGUUAGUGACUUCAAAGGGUGAAUCUGACGUCAUAUACGGAUCUAACUCUAUAACACUCAGCAAAAACAAAAUGGAUCUCAACGAAAUUGUUUCUAACAAUGAAGAGGAAAACCAGAAACGUAGCUUCGACAACCAAUAAUGAUAUCUUACUUACUAUCACCCAUUCGGAGCACCGUGCACAAAUGAAAUAUCCGACUCAGGAGACACUAUAUAUUUACUCGAUAGGUAUUUUUAUUUUUCCGAUUAUGGAAGAAGGAGCAUUGCAAUUUCCUUCUAAAAAUGUAAUUGUGAAACUGGAUUGCCAUCAAUGGAACCGGUACGUUUUUGUUUGUUAACAACGUUCACUUUUUAAUUUGGAGACUAAACAGCUCUAACACUUUCUUCAAAUUAUUUUGUGAUGUUGACUUUUCUUAUAUAUCCUGGCCUACGGUACCUCUAAGUAAACACAACUGUUGUAUUGAAGUUCGGCGUUUGGUUUGGAGAAAGUCGGUGGUGAAAAAGAAAGAAUUGAUUGCGCAUGUUCAUCAAGACGACAAGAGGGGCAACAACGAUUAACUGGAUGAAAAUUACGAGUUAUUGUCAUUUGGCCAUGAGACAGAACAAAAAUGCCACACAAAAUGUCAUGGAUUAUCUUUACGAGAUAAACAUUAUUAUCACUUCUCCGCCUAUAUAUCAUUGUGCUGAUGUAUCAGUAGUGAAGUAUUGUUAUUUAAAGUUAUAGAUUUGUUUCAAUCAUGUACUGCAGCUAAAAUGAAAGUACAGGAUGAUUAUUGGUAUACAUGUACUGCUGCUAAAAUGAAAGUACAGCAUGAUUACUGGUAUACAUGUACUGCUGCUAAAAAUGAAAGUACAGGAUGAUUAUUGGUAUACAUGUACUGCUGCUAAAAUGAAAGUACAGCAUGAUUACUGGUAUACAUGUACUGCCGCUAAAAUGAAAGUACAGCAUGAUUACUGGUAUCCAUGUACUGCCGCUAAAAUGAAAGUACAGCAUGAUUACUGGUAUCCAUGUACUGCCUCUAAAAUGAAAGUACAGCAUGAUUACUGGUAUCCAUGUACUGCCUCUAAAAUGAAAGUACAGCAUGAUUACUGGUAUACAUGUACUGCCGCUAAAAUGAAAGUACAGCAUGAUUACUGGUAUACAUGUACUGCCGCUAAAAUGAAAGUACAGCAUGAUUACUGGUAUACCUACAUGUACUGCUGCUAAAAAUGAAAGUACAACAUAAAAUGAAUCGAGUUAUAAAGAGAAUACACUGACAUUUUUACUCAAGGGACACUUAAAUUUUUCCAUAUUCCGUAUGUAAUGUUUCUGUAAUUUUAUAUAUAUAUAUAUAUAUUUGUACGUAUUAAUAAAAAUAGCAAAUUGUC